CGCUGCCCCGGGUGCCGGCGCGCAUGUGCCUGGCGCCCCCACCCCGGCCCUGGAUUCCACUUCCCCUCCGCUCGCGCUGCAGCCGCAGCCACCUACGGGCCCCACGCCGCCUCCGGAGUCCAUGGCCGGGACGCGCUGGGUGCUCGGGGCGCUGCUCCGAGGCUGCGGCUGUAACUGUAGCAGCUGCCGGCGCACCGGCGCUGCCUGCCUGCCCUUCUACUCGGCUGCCGGCUCCUUCCCUUCAGGCGUCUCGGGCCGUCGCCGCCUGCUGCUGCUGCUCGGGGCCGCAGCGGCCGCCGCUUCUCAGACGCGGGGCCUCCACACCGGGCCUGUGCCCGCCGGGAGGCUGGCGGGGCCUCUCCCCGCGGCCGCCUCCGCCGCCGCCGCGGCCGCUGCCUCUUACCCGGCCCUGCGCGCCCCGCUGCUGCCGCAGUCGCUGGCGGCGGCCGCGGGCCCGACGCGGGGAUACAGCCAGGAGUCCAAAACUACCUACCUGGAAGACCUUCCACCUCUCCCUGAAUAUGAAUUGGCUCCAUCCAAGUUAGGAGAGGAAGUGGAUGAUGUUUAUCUCAUUCGAGCUCAAGGAUUACCAUGGUCGUGCACUGUAGAAGAUGUGCUUAGCUUUUUCUCAGACUGCAGAAUCCGCAAUGGUGAGAAUGGAAUACACUUCCUCUUAAAUAGAGAUGGGAAACGAAGAGGUGAUGCCUUAAUUGAAAUGGAAUCAGAGCAGGAUGUGCAGAAAGCCUUAGAAAAGCACCGCAUGUACAUGGGGCAGCGGUAUGUGGAAGUAUAUGAGAUAAACAAUGAAGAUGUGGAUGCCUUAAUGAAAAGCUUGCAGGUCAAAUCUUCACCUGCGGUAAAUGAUGGUGUGGUCCGUUUGAGAGGACUUCCUUACAGUUGCAACGAGAAAGACAUUAUAGACUUCUUUGCAGGACUGAAUAUAGUAGACAUUACUUUUGUAAUGGACUACAGAGGGAGACGGAAAACAGGGGAAGCUUAUGUGCAGUUUGAAGAACCAGAAAUGGCCAACCAAGCCCUAUUGAAACACAGGGAAGAAAUUGGUAACCGAUAUAUAGAGAUAUUUCCCAGCAGAAGGAAUGAAGUUCGAACACAUGUUGGUUCUCAUAAGGGAAAGAAAAUGGCAUCUUCUCCUACUGCUAAGUAUAUAACUGAGCCGGAAAUGGUCUUUGAAGAACACGAAGUAAAUGAGGAUAUUCGACCAAUGACCUCUUUUGAAAGUGAGAAGGAAAUAGAAUUGCCUAAGGAGAUGGCAGAAAAACUUCCAGAGGCUGUUGAUUAUGGAACUACAUCUUCAGUACAUUUUGUUCACAUGAGAGGAUUACCUUUCCAAGCCAAUGCCCAAGACAUCAUAAACUUUUUUGCUCCACUGAAGCCUGUUAGAAUCACUAUGGAGUACAGCUCCAGCGGGAAGGCCACGGGGGAAGCUGACGUGCACUUCGAUACCCACGAGGAUGCUGUGGCGGCCAUGCUCAAGGAUCGCUCCCACGUUCAACAUAGGUAUAUUGAAUUGUUCCUGAAUUCAUGUCCAAAGGGAAAAUAAGACUUCCAGGGACUCCAGAUAAUAAGGAUGAAGCAAGAAGCAUUUCAUUUGCACAUCUUUCUUGGACAUGGGAUAUAAAGUUCCAGUUUUUAGCAGCAACUGCUAGAGAAAGAAUUUUGGGAUUUGGGGUUAAUUGCUUGUAAGAAAAAUUCCGUAGUGGACUGUUUAGAAAAAAAAAAGGAAAGAUUCAGUUGGGGAUUAAAUAAACCACAAAAUUAAAAUUAUUGUUUAAACUAUCCCAGAUCUAACUUAAAAAUCUGGUCUUUAUUUUAUAUGAUUAAACAUUUUUUUUUUCAUAGAGGACAUGUUACCCAGUGUAAAGACUGCAUAUUUUUAUUCAGCACUGUCCUUUAAAGUCUUUUUCUCAUUUUAAAAAUGAUGUUUGAGAGCUCUGAUAUAAAACUUUCUAUAGAAUAAAAUAUUGAUUUAUUUUAACCAAAUACUCACCAAAGGAAAGGUUUCUGACCUUUGAACCAUUAUGGUUUUACAGAGUAGUUGUAAUUUUAGGUGUAUUUGAUGACUUAGGGGUAGGAAUUAAAAAAAAAGAUUCAAAACAAAAAAUAACCACAAGUUAGUGAGUGUAAAUAACUACUUGGCAGUUUCAUAUUUUUAGAAAUGUUUUGCCUUUCUAGGCCUUGUACUGAAGGCAUUUAACAUGAAUGCCUGUAUACUUAAGGAGGGAAUUCUAGCCUCAACUUAAAAGUUGUCUUAACACCUCCCACCCCCUUGUUUUGGUUUUGGGUAAACUAAGGGUUUUAGUCUCAAUCUUCUGAAGUGACAUGUCAAAAAAGUCCCGACUGGUAAGGACAUUAAUGGCUUCACUUGAAUUUAAACCAGCUCUAGAUAGGAAAAAAAACUCAGUCUCAUUUGCUUUUUCAGUGGGGUAGCACAUCCCAUAUUUUAGUACAAGUAGGGGUGCCUUGCUUAAAUAAAAAUAGCAUAUAAUGUAUAAUUGUGUGAAGGAUUUAUGGAUAAAGCUGUAUUUCUGUCACAUUAUGGCAGUAUCUUCUGCUUUAAUAGUAAACAACUUGUUAUUUAAAUAUUGGAUCAAGAUGGCUGGCUUCAAAAUGUAGUCAUUAAUAAACUAAUUUUAUGUGCACCUUGUAGGAGAAUCAACGUCCUGUAUACUUUCUUUGCCUUGUUCCUGUUCUCAGGGUGACGACUGCUAUGUAGAUAGUUACCAGGAGAUGCAAUCCUAUUUCUUAAAAUUGAAUUAGCCCAGAUUUCUGAGAGGUGAUACCUGGAAGAGAGAUUAUGUCUUCUCUCACUCAGUACAUAACCAUCUUUGAUUACCAGCUAAGAUACAAAAUCACUGUACUGUAUAUAGUCAAUAAAUGAAGGCUUGUUUCAGGCUGAAGAUUACCUAAGAGUAUUUAUUUGAGUGUGUGAAUCAAUUGAAUAUAUUUUUAUUACAUCAAGUUCUUGUAUAUUAUAAGAAGAAAUAAUUAAUUUUCAGUUGUGUUUGUUUUUAUCCUUUAAGAACAUGACUUCCAUCAAUCACCUUAACAGCUUCAGUAUUACUACUUAGGUGGAAAUGUGUUUUCAUUUACGUGUACUCGUGAGCUAUGAGAACUGGUGUCUGUAGCUGUGUGAUCUAUUGAUUGGAAUGUGAACUUUUCUCUCCCUUUAGCAGUAGGUAUCUAAUUUGCUGUGGAAAAAAUCUGUAGGGUCGAUUGGGAUUGGUGAGGAAUUCAUUUGCAGUUACUUUAUUUUAAAGCUAAUGAGUUUAAUUUGCACAUCUCUGGGAAAGGAAUGUGAGCAAAAGCAUUAAAAUUUAUGUGGUAGGUAAGCUUGAAGGGGUUUAUCAUCUCCACACUGGUGGCUGAGUUCUUAGUAACAAAAGGUGGCCAUUUUAGGGAAGUCAUUUUAUGAAUUCAUAUACUUUCCUAUACUCCCUUUAGUAAUUUAGGCUAGUAAAUGAAUGAUUGCUGACAAAGCAAAUAUAAAAAGCACAUAAUAGAAUAAAAGUAAUCUUUUAUUUCUAUCCAAUCAAAAACACUUCUCACAGAAUUUGACAAAACUGGGUUGUAUAUCAUUAUCUGCUAUUCAAAAAAGUAACGACUGAAUUUCCCUUCUAUUUGUGUCUUUAUAAUCUUUGUGUAAAGCUAUCAAAAAUAGUGAGAUUAGAUAUGGCCAGGUUACCCAUAUCCUGCUUUAGCUAGCUACUUCUGAAGGAAUUGCAAAGGAGAACUCUGAUACGUAAUAUGUAGAUACCAAGGAGGAAAUUGCUUAAGACUGUGAUCUUAUCUGAUAUACUCACUGAUAUCAGAGAAUGACGCAGGACCAGAAUAUUUGUGCCUCUAUUCCUGGGUGAUGAGCUCUUCCAGGUGGGCAGGGAGACAGAGUCUGCUGUGGAGUGGAAGGCUCUAAAUCCUUCUCACUACGUCCGCCGUAUAGGGAGGAAGAGGCAGGAGAAAGCCACUUCCAUCUCCAUAAUGUUCGGAGGCAAUGGCCCUGCUUCUUAUUAGUGCACAGGCCCUAAACAGUCCCUUAGCAGAUUGUCAUUUGGAGGUUUUUUUCUGGGUUACAGUCUAUUCAUUUUAUAAUUUAAAACAUUCCAUUGUUUUGAGAGUUUUCCCUAAAUUAUGUGAAAGGGUUCACAUUCAAUUGGUAGGACCUGUAUUGUAGAGAAUGGUAUUACCUUAGCAGUAGAGUAGAAGCAGGCCUAAAUUCCAGGGGCUUUGAAAACAAAUUGUCUUUAAUAUACUAAGAAUAGCUUUACCCCCUGAAUUCAGCACAUUAGAAAAUAACCUGAAAUUUAUAGAAAGGGAAUAAAGCUGCCAUGAAUAUUCACGUAUAGGUUUUUGUGUGUACAUAUAUUUCAACUCCUGUGGGUAAAUACCAAGGCAUGCAAUUCCUGAAUCAUCUGAUAAGAGAAAGUUUUGUUAGAAACUGCCAAACUAUCUCCAAGGUGGCUGUACCAUUUUGCAUCCCCACCAGCAAUGAGUGAGGCUUCCUCCUGUAACAAGUCAUGCUUGUCACCGUUGGGUAGUGUGUUUUGAAUUUUCGCUCUCCUACUAAGUGUAUAGUGGUGUUCCGUUGUUUUAAUUUAUAAUUCCAUAGUGGCAUAUGAUGUGGGGUAUCUUUUUAUAUCUUUAUUUGAAUCUAUUGUUUCUGGUGAGGUGUCUGUUAGAUCUUUUGCCUAGUUUUUUAGUUUGGUGGUUUUCGUACUGAAUUUUAAGAAGGGGAUAUAAGAAGGUUUAGUUUGGUUCUUAAGCCUUGAAUGUAAAAUAGAGGGGUAAUUUUAAAAUUGUUCCUAUUUCACUUUUUGAAGGAAAUAAAAUUCUAGAGAUACAAAGGGGUAUACAGUGAACAGCCUUCCUCCCAUCCUGUACGUCAGCUACUUAGCUUCGCUUCUCAGGUAACCCGGUCACCAGUUUCUGAUGUAAAUGUUCAGCGACGUUAACUAUAGAUAAGCAAAUAUAAUAAACAUUUAUUUUUAAAAUAUAAAUUACAGCAUACUAUACAUACUAUUCUGUACCUUUUUUUCCAUUCUUACAUCUUAAAGAUCAUUUGAUCUCAUUUUUUAAAUGAUUGUACAGCCCAGAUGUAUGCAGUUGAACCUGGCCCUCAUUAAUGAACGUGUAAAUUGUUGCCAAUCUUUUGCAAUUAUAGUGCUGAAAUGAAUUACUGUGUGUAGAUUUAUGUCACUUUGUACAUACAUAAAUUUCUCUGUAAGAUAAAUGGUCAGAGUAUGUGCACUUGUAAUUUAUAUCUAAAAUUAAAUUUAUAUCUAUAUAUUUUUUCUUAGUUUGCACCAGCAAUGCAAGUGCCCAUUUCCUCAUACCCUCACUAACCACUGUAUUAGCAAUCUAUUGUUUGCCAGUCUGACAGGUUAAAAAACACAUGCAAUGGUAUUCUCUUAUGAGGUAGCAUUUCUUCACGUUCAGAGCUUUUGGAUUUUCUUUACUGUGAAUUCUUCAUAUCCUCUCCCAUUUUUCUUUUCUCUUAUAAUCCCCAUCUACUUAUUAAUUUUAAAGCAAAUUUAAGACAGCAUCAUUUAUCUGUAUGUAUUUUAGUAUAUAUCUUUUUAAAAAGGAUUUUUAAAAAUGCCAUCAUUCCUAAAAAUACUAAUUUCUUACAACCAAAUAUCUGAAAUGUCAUUUUUUUAAAAAGUGUGUUUGAAUCAGGAUCUACACAGGCGUCCACACAUUGCAAUUGGUGACUGUUUCUUUUUUUCCUGCAAUACUUUUAAUAUAAAAUUUCAAGCAUACAGAAAAGCUCAAUUAUAAACAUGCUUAUACCUGCCACCUCGAUUCUACAAGUAACAUUUUGCCAUAUUUUCUUUAUCAUUAUCUGUGUGUCCACCAGUCUGUCUUUUUUUUUUUAAUGCGUCUGUACUUAACUCAAGCUUUCUGGCAUACGUGAUUAACGAGUUUUUCCUUAUAAAAUUGACAGUGAACAGUCGUUAGCAAGUUAUGAAAUGUUUCCAUCACUUUAGAAAGUUUGUUUUACCCAGUCGUUUCCUGUACUUCUUCCUGUUAGGAUUUUGUUUGCACCAUAGAUUAGUUUGGCCUAUUCUAGAACUUCAUAUAAAUGGAAUCACACAUUAUGUAUUCUUAUAAAUUUCUUUCACUCAGCAUGUUUUGACAUUCAUCCAUGUAUUUCAGAUCUUUGUUCCUUUUUAUUGCUGAGUAGUAUUCCAUUGUAUGAAUAUGCCACCGUUUUUUAACCUUUCACUUGUUAGGUGAAAAACUGAUGACAAUGGGCUGUUUCCAGUUUUUGGCUAUUAUAAAUAAAGUUGCUAUGAACCUCUUG